GUUCAUUGUGGAAUCUCCCUGGGAGUUUCGGGACCCAGGAGGGGCUAGGGAAUUGGUCCAGACCCUGCCAUUACCCAGGUAGAUCCACCCCUUCAGGCGUUUAUCCUGGGAGGUCUGUGAUGAAGGCUCUGCUCCUCUGUCCAUGUUCACAGAAAUAUUUUCAGGCAUGAUGAAAUGGAUUUAACAGCAAACAUUUCCUGUAAAUGCCUCACAACGUCAUCACUAGGUGUUCAUUUUGGUGAAAGAAUGUCAGGUUACACUGUUAGACCCUGAAUUACACUGGCCUGCGUUAAAAAUCUUGCCUUUGGUUUGUAGGACACACGAUUGGGUGGAUUGGUGGAGCUCCCUUAGCCUCAGGUCAUUGACUGGCAUGGAGGUAAUGAGAGAUUUACUCAGAGCCUGUGGGAGAAUCAAGGAAAAUGCCAAAGCCCGUGGAAUGUUGAAUACUUUUCUAAAACUCACGACAGUUAUUGGUGAAGUGGAAACUGUUAUUGUAUUGAUCCAGAAACGAGGCUCAGAGAGAUGAAGUGAGUGAUGUCUCCACAGUAACACAGCUGGCAAGUCUCGGGUUUCAAGAGUUUGGAUGCAAACCACGGGAGACUGACAAAAGAACUGGGGACUUGUAAUCGCUUUAACCAGGAUGUGAAGCCCUCAGCAUGGGUCAGGCAGUUAGCAGGACCAGGGAGGCGCAGGUGUCUGUGACCUUUGAUGAUGUGGCCGUGACCUUCACCCAGGAGGAGUGGGGCCAUCUGGACCCGGCUCAGAGGACCCUGUACCGGGAGGUGAUGCUGGAGACGUGCGGGCUCCUGAUGUCUCUGGGGUGUCCUGUCCCCAGACCUGAGCUGAUCUACCAGCUGGAGCACGGGCAGGAGCUGUGGACGGUGAAGAGAGACCUCUCCGGAAGCACCUGUCCAGGAUACAGAUCAGAAGAAGGGCUGGAGGUAUUCCAAUCACGAAGCUUCCGUGUCUUCAGCGACUCUCUACCUCCAGGAAUUGAUGUUUGGCAGUAUGUGCACAGAGCGUUGGCAGCCCAUGAACCUCACCAGGGCCCGGUUGACAAAGGAAAACCCAAGACCGCAGAACCUACCAGUUGUGAACCAACGCUGUUUGAGGGAGCCUCUCUCCAGGAACUGACACAAGGAGGCCCAGGGGACUCCCAGUUGGGACAAACGAAGGAUCGGGAUGGGCCGCUGGAAAUGCAGGAAGACCACUUUGUACCAGGGAUCAACCCUCAGAGGGAGAAGCUUCAUGAAAAAAUAAGUCCUGAACAGGGCAGCUUAGGGACAGCUGGUGGUGUGUGUUCAAGGGUCGAAGAGGAGCCAGGCCCUGUCGGGGGUGCUGUCCAUGACCGUGACUCCUGUGGAUCAAGUAGAGAUCCCAUGAUUCAGGAGGAGGAAAGUCUCUUCAAGUGCAAUGAAUGUGGGAAAGUUUUUAACAAGAAACACCUUCUUGCAGGACAUGAAAAGAUUCACUCUGGAGUGAAGCCCUAUGAAUGUACUGAGUGUGGGAAAACCUUCAUUAAGAGCACACACCUCCUGCAGCACCACAUGAUCCACACCGGGGAGAGGCCCUACGAGUGCAUGGAGUGCGGCAAGGCCUUCAACCGCAAGUCCUACCUGACCCAGCACCAGCGGAUUCACAGUGGGGAGAAGCCCUACAAGUGCAGUGAGUGUGGAAAGGCCUUCACUCACCGCUCCAAUUUUGUCUUACAUAAGAGGAGACACACUGGGGAAAAAUCCUUCGUGUGCAAAGAAUGUGGACAGGUCUUCCGACACAGGCCAGGAUUCCUUCGACAUCACAUCAUCCACAGUGGUGAGAAUCCAUAUGAGUGCUUCGAGUGUGGCAAGGUCUUUAAACACAAGUCCUACCUCAUGUGGCACCAGCAGACCCACACGGGGGAGAAGCCCUACGAGUGCAGCGAAUGUGGGAAAGCCUUCUGUGAGAGCGCAGCCCUCAUUCACCACUAUGUCAUCCACACCGGGGAGAAGCCCUUCGAGUGCCUCGAGUGUGGCAAGGCCUUCAACCACAGGUCAUACCUCAAGAGGCACCAGCGGAUCCACACUGGGGAGAAGCCUUUUGUGUGCGCUGAGUGUGGAAGGGCCUUCACCCACUGCUCCACUUUCAUCUUGCAUAAAAGAGCCCACACUGGCGAGAAACCUUUUGAGUGCAAAGAAUGUGGGAAAGCCUUUAGCACUAGGAAAGACCUCAUUCGGCACUUUAGCAUCCACACUGGAGAGAAGCCGUAUGAGUGCACGGAGUGUGGGAAGGCCUUCAACCGCAGAUCUGGCCUCACCAGACACCAGCGGAUUCACAGUGGAGAGAAGCCCUAUGAAUGCAUGGAGUGCGGGAAGUCCUUCUGCUGGAGCACAAACCUCAUUCGACAUGCCAUCAUCCACACUGGAGAGAAGCCCUAUAAGUGCAGUGAGUGUGGAAAGGCCUUCAGUCGCAGUUCCUCCCUCACUCAGCAUCAAAGGAUCCAUACUGGGAGAAAGUCUGUCAGUGUGACAAAUGUGGGAAGACCCUUCACAAGUGGGCAAACCUCUGUCACCCUCCGAGAACUCCUAUUGGGGAAAGACUUUUUGAAUGUAAACACAGAGGAAAAUCUUUUGCAAGAGAAAGUAUCUACCGUGACAUCUGAUCGUACAUACCAAAGAGAAACUCCUCAAGUAUCUUCGCUUUGAGAAAACCUGUCAGAUCAUCCAUCAUUGUGUAAAAGACCUAUUUUAGAAAUUGACCCAGCGUGGAGCCUUAUUUUGCAUCUGAGAAUUCAUCCGUAAGGGAGAGACUAGUGUUUAUUGUGCACUAAGGAAAACUAGCUAUGUUUUUCUCCUUAGUUUACACUGUAGUGUUACCUCAGGAAUUUUUGUAAAAAGAAGAUGGAAACUUAGAUAAGCAAAUGAAAUGCAAACACAGUUCCUUUGAGACUUCUCUGUCAAGCUUAUGGCACUUUGAGAUGGGUUCCUUAGUUUACUUGGGGUGAGCGGAACAUUAUUUCCCUGGCAAAGGGCCUUGACUCUUCGUGGGUCUUUGUAUACACACUCACUGUUAUCCAGUGUCGGGAGAGUUAGAUAGUUGAGGGCAGGUAUUUAAGUAGAUAAAGAUACAUGGUGUACAGGCACAUUUUAUUGCAUCAGUUAAGACCUUUGGUCUUUAGUUUUUUUUAAAAACAAACUCUUCUUUUGGUGGUUUUAAACAGCAAACAUUCAGACUUUUUUAUUGAUUCAGUCUGUUUACUUAAUUUUAGCUCUGCCAUAAAUCUUAAAAUUGGAUAAAUGAAUCGUCUCUAUUAUUAUUUAAAUUGACUUAGCUUUCCUAGUUCCUUGGACUUCCCAUAUAAAUCUUAGCAUGCAAAAAAAUCUUGCUUCAGCAUUUAUAGAGAUUGAUUCAAACCUAUAGAGCAGUUUGUUCAGAAGUGACACUAUGAACACACUGCAUGAUAUGACAUGUCAUUAAGCAUUCUUGGUAUUUCAUUACCAUUUGUAAUCUUCAAUAAUUCAGGCCCUGUAAACUCUUAAAAGUGAUUUAUAAAUGCAUUGAUUUUUUUUUCCUUGUGUGUUGUAGGAUAUUAGUUCCCCAACCAGGGAUCAAAUCCAGGCCAGCUGAGAGUCCUAACCACUGGGUCGGUGGACUGCCAGGGUAUUCUCUGUUGACACUGAUUCUUAAACUUUCAUUUCGUCAUUUCCUUUAGUAGUAUGUAGAAAGAUAAUUGUUCUGGGGGUGGUAUUUUGGUGUCUUGUAGCCUUGGCUGAACUCAGUUAUUACUUCUAGUCGUUUCUUUAGAUAGAGUCCUUGGUAUUUUGUGCCUAGAAAUGUCAACUGCAAAUACUUUUCUUUCUUCCUAUCUGUGUUCUUUUUAUUUCCUUUUCUUAAUGCACUUGCUAGGACUUCCAGUAUGAUAUUGAGUAGGAGUAGGAAGAGAGGACAUCCUUGGCUGGUUUCUGACAUUAGGGGGAACACGUUCAGUUUUCUCAUCAAGUACAGUGUUACAAGCUUGUUUUUUUCCAUAGACUUUUCCUGUCACGUCUAGAAAGUUUCCCUCAGUUCUUAAUCUGGUGAGAUUUUUGUUAGGCUUGAGUGUUGGGUUUUGUUGGAUGCUUUUCCUCCCAUCACUUGAUGUGAUCAUCUGAUUUUUCUUUGAUAGCCAAUUGAUAUGAUGUAUUACAUUGAGUUUUGCAUAUUGAACCAGCCUUGCAUCCUUGGAAUAAACCCCACUUGGUUAUGGAGUGUACGUUUUGAAAUAUAAAAGCGUUCAAUUUGAUUGUAUUUUUUUGAAGAAGUUUUCCUCUAAUCUCUCGAUUGAUGGUGCAUAGUUGCCAUUCUUUGUUUUUAGCUACUGUCAUUGUCUGAUUUUGGUGUCAAGGUGAUAAUGGCCUCUCAAGUUCUGUUUUUUAGGAAGACAGUGUGUAAUUGUCUUUAAUUGUUGUUGUAAUGUUUUAUAAUAGUCCAGUGAACCAUUUGGGCCUGGAGAUUUUCUGGAUACUAGUUGAUAAAUAUGGAACUAUUCAGAGUGUCUUUUCAUAUUGGAUAAAUUGGAUAGCUGGUCCUCUUCAAAGAAGUGUUUCAUUUCAUCUCAAUUUUAGACUAGUUGGAAGUAUUCCCUCAUUACUUUUUUAAACAGCAGCAAGGUAUGGACUUCUGUCCCAUUUUAUUCCUGAUUUUGGAAAUGAUCAACUCCUUUUCAUCAUCGUCAGUCGUCUUAGACAUUUACCAAUCUUACUGAUCGUUUUGAAGAACCAGCACCUUACUGACUUUUUUUUUCUGUUCCUUUCUGUUUUUACUUCCACUGAUUUCUGUUCCAGUCAUUAUUAUAGCCUAUCUUCUGCUUUGCUCUGGUUGCAUUUUGCACUUUUUAAUUUUUGAGGGAUGCUGAGAUUAUUGAUUGGACACUUUUUAUUUUCUUAUGAAACAUUAAGUAUUAUAAAGUUCUACCACAGCACUGUUCAAGUUUUUAUUACAGUUUAUUCAGUUCUGAAUACCCCUUGAUUGCUUUAGAAACUUCUUCUGUCACCUGUGGAUUAUUUAGAAGUUUUUUAGUUCAUUUUCUACUGUUUGAACCAUUUUCUGGUAUCAUUUUGUUGUUGAUUUCUUGUUUGUUUCACAUUUGGUUUGACUGUUUAAAUUUGUUGAAGUUUGUUUAAUUGCCCUUGGGUUUGUCUUGUUGAAUGUUCUUUCUGUAAGACUUUUUGAAAAGAAUGUGUGUUCUGCUGUCAUUGGCUGGAGUUUCUAUAAAUGUCUGCACAAUUUUCUUUGUUGGGGAUGUUUUGCAGAUUUUCUAUAUCCUUGCUGACUUUCUGUGUAGUAGUUCUUGUCAAUUGCACAGAGAGGAAUGAUGAAGUCUUGAAGUACAAUUAAGAAAUUGUAGUGUUUGCAGUUUGUAUUUUUUAAGUUUCUUGUAACAGCAGUAGUUGGGAUCAUAUUUUUUAAUCCAUUUUGCCACUUUUAAUUUGUAAAUUUAAAAUAGUUAAUGAUACAUUAGAACAUAAAUGUACCAUUUUUAACUGUUUUUUUGUUGUAUUCCCUUUAUAGUGUUACUCUUGUUUUCUAGCUCUUGUUAUUUAGCUUUCCCGUCCUUCCUAUGGGUUACUUUAAUAUUUUUUGGAAUUCCACUUGAUAUAUCUGUAAUGCUUUUGAGUAUAUAUCUUAAUUUUUUUUUUUUUUACUGUAUAUAGUGUAUUACAUAUACAUAACUUAAUCACAGACUGUUAUCAGUAUUUCAGCACUUUUACGUAUUGAAACCUUGAUUUCAUUAGGGUUCUUUUACAUUCCCUGUUCUUAAUAUAGUUGUUCUAAAUAGUUUCUCAUUGUAUACUGAGCACCAUAUUGGAUAUUGUAAUUUUUGCCUCAACUGUCUUAAGAUUUUUUUUUUUUAAACAAAGUUCAUGAGAAAUGAAGUCUGUGUAUCUCUAAUUUUACCAUUUCAUUGUUCUUUCUACAUUCUUGAAGUCCCAAGUCUUCUAUUAACAUUUCCCUUCUGUUUGGCAAGUUUCCUAUAUCUGUUCUUUCUAAAGUAUGUCUGCUGUUAAUGUUUUUUUCUUCUUCAUUUAAAAAUGUCUUUUCCCCUUCAUUCUUGAAAGAUAUUUUUGUGGGACAUAGGAUGUGGGAUCCACAGUUCUUUUAGGACAAAAGAAAAGAUGUCUGUUUUUCUACGUUCCAUCUUCUGUGCACCAUGGUUUCAUAUGCGAAACCUGCCUGUCACCGUGUUACUUCUCUAUCUUUGUGUGUAGAAUUUCCGGUUUCUCUAAGGCUUGUUACAGCCGCAAAGGAGGACGGCCACUCCCCCUCUAGGGUCACUCGUCCUCCUCGUGACUGAACGCAUUCCCCCCUCCACCCCCCAGCUUGUUCAGGAUCUCUGUCUGUGCGCUGUACGUCCUUCUACUUCGUGGUCUUUACCUUCUCCCUCUUAAUGCCCUUCUAGCCUCAUAAUCUGUGCAGCGAGCGCCGUAUUGGAUGUGGUUGUCAUUUUUGCCUCAGCUGUCAAAUGUGUUCAGUCUCUAUCUUUAAUGUGUUACUUCUCUAUCUUUAAGGCAUCUGUAAUAUGGUGUUUGCUCAGCUUUUUUAAUCAUGUGGUGUAUGCCCUUUGCCAAAUUUGGACAUUCUAAAUUAUUCACUCUUCAAAUACUUUUUCAACCUCACAUUUUUUCCUCUUUUAAGGACUCCAGUAACAUAAGUGAUAAUUUUCAUGUUUUGUUCCCUAGGGCCCUCAGUUCCCAUCUUUUUGUUUCCCCCAGUUUGAAUCUCUCUCUCGCUCAUAUUGAUUAAUUUUGAUUGAUUGCUUUGAGCUCACUGAUGCCCUUCUCUCAUAUAGUCUACUGUUGAGCUCACCCAGUGAGUUUUCAUUUUGUUUUUUGUUUUUUUUUUUUUAUUUUUCAGUUGUUUGAUUUCCAUUUCGUUAUUUUAUAUAUAUCUUCUAUAUUUUUGCCUAGUUUAUAAUGCCAAAGAAGGACUCUGAGAAAACAGACAAACCUGUGUAGUGCAAAGUCAUGAUUCUGUGGUGGUUUAUCUUUGUAUUGGGAUAGAAAUCCUAAAUUAACUAGAGGAAUGAAAGGCCUUAUAUCAUAUCCAUAGGUAUCUCUGAGAACAGAUUUUACAACUAAGGGUGACCUGCAGGUUGUUCAGAGUUGUGUUCCCCAGGGAAGGCGUGUGUGUAGAAUUUCCUGGUUCUCUAAAGCUUGUUACAGCCGCAAAGGAGGACGGUCACUCCCCCUCCAGGGUCACUCAUCCUCCUCGUGACUGAAUGCAUUCCCCCCUCCACCCCCCAGCUUGUUCAGGAUCUCUGUCUGUGUGCUGUACGUCCUUCUACUUCGUGGUCUUUACCUUCUCCCUCUUAAUGCCCUGCUAGCCUCAUAAUCUGUACAGCGAGCGCCGUAUUGGAUGUUGUCAUUUUUGUCUCAACUGUCAGAUGUGUUCAGUCUCUAGUCUCACACCGGGCACUUUCUGCCCCACAUGCCCACUGAGCUCCGCCCUUCUCCCUUCUCUCACAGACACACCCAGUGGGACCGUUCUGUCCACUGUCUGUCCUCACCUCCUUGUGGCAUGCUCCAUGGCAACUAAAGAGUGACCUCCACCACGUCACCUGGCUUGCGCAGUCCUCACAGAGUUCCCAUUUGUACCCCUCAUUAUUGGACCUUUGUGCUGCCCACCCUCUUUCUCAAGAGUCCUUGGCUGGCUUCUGAGCCUUUCUGCCCUUCUCCUUCAUAGGGUCUGUGUUUUUCCAUCUAUUAAAUAGUUCCACUUCCCAGGAUCCACGUGUGGCCUUUGUUUUCUCACUUGUGAUGUGUUCCAUAAGUGAGUUAAUUCCCUCUCAAGACAUUUUAUCCACAAUGAUCUACAGAGUUCCCCCAGUCUGUGUCUUCAGGUUGAAUGUUCUCACUGACCAUCCUUCUACACCCACUGUUCAUAUAUACUGUGUGCAUGUGUCAUGUGACCAUGGCCUGGAGAUAAACCUAUCGUUAGAACAGCGAGCAAACAUUGUUUUGUAUGUAUCAACUCUUUUAACCUUUGCAGUGACUAUAUAGUGGGUAGUGUUAUACCCAUUUUACAGAUGGGAAAGUAAAGACAUAGACAAGUUGAGGAAUUUGUCCAGGGUUUGGUGAUUAGAAAGUGUAGGAAUUGGGAUUGGAGUUAGCUGACUGCAGAAUCCAUGCCCUUGACAUUUAACCUGUGUUGUCUUUCAUAGGAUGGGUGAACGCACCACUUCAGAGUAGACCAAACCUUGAUCAUUUGUCUGCAAAUUACUUUUCUUAUUUGACAUUAAUGUUGACCAUCCCUUUAGGAUGAGUGAGAUACACCAAACUCCCUCUUUAAUGGCUGCAUAGUCCGUUUUAACUGCAGAAGAUAUAGUUGAUCUGUGGUGGCAGGAAGAUAGAAAAGGGCUGAGGUUGUCAGUGCCCGGAUUCCCUGUGAAUCCCACUGCCAUCUGCCUUGUUGCCCAGGCCAGAUGGACACCUUGCAGCCAUUUUUUCAUCAUCCCCGCAUCCAACAUCCAACCACAACCACAGUCCAACCACCCCCAUUCUGUUUUGGUUUUUCCCCCAGUAGACGCCCAGUAGAUGUGUGUUUUAGUGAAUGGCUGCACGCAGCAGGGAUGUUUGUCAUGAUGCUGGGCUCCCUCACAGUGUUUACACAAAGCUGUGUGUAUGAUUGCCGCCACAGAGAACAUAUACUGACCUUGAAGGAAAGCUCCACAAGCUUUUAUGGCCAGAUGGAAAUCGGGAUGAAUGAUUGUAUCAUGUGAUCAAGACCACACUUAGUUCAGCAAUUUGCUAGGAAGACCCAGAACUCAUGUGUUGUUAACACUCAACAGCCAUGCUUAUUCCACCAAAACGAUCAAAGCAAACUCAGCCAAGAGAAAAAGCACAGGGACCAGGGGCAAUCUGCAACUGUCCUGGCUCAGGGGAGUCAGAGGGGAUGUGCUCAAUUUAAGCUCUGUCAAGGAGGGACAGCCAUCGAGUGAAACUUCUACUGAGGAAGCUAGCUAGAGACUCAGGGUUUCUUGGGAACUCUAACAUAUAUACCAAAUUCUAGACCUGCAGAAGGACAACAGAUCUUUGGCAUAAACCACACCGGUACACAGAAAGCUUGAGCACACGGAGCCACUCAUUUGUGGGAAUAGUGGGAAAUCCUCCAAAAUCUGUCUCAAACCACAGCACGGAGUAAACCUGCUAGCUCAAGAGAAUAGCGGUCUUGGGCCUGAUCUGUUAUGUCUUUAUAGCAACUUAAAUGGAACUAAGAUGCCGAUUAAUAAAUUCAGACUUCUGUAAUGUUAA